AUGAAUUGGCUAGAUUUUUUUGUUAUUUUUCUCCUUCUCGGGGGAACAGUUGGAAUCGGCGUCUAUUUAUCCCGCGGGUCAAACUCGAAUGUAGCGCAAUAUUUAAUGGCUUCUCAUUCGGCGAAUCCGAUAAAUGUUGGUUUAUCCAUUUUUGUCGCGUUUGUUUCUGCUCUUUCUUUGACCGGCUAUCCAUCAGAAGUGUAUUUGUAUGGAACGGCUCAGCUGUGGAAUGCGAUUACUGUACCUAUUAUCAUCGCCUUUGGCUGCUACACAAUCCACCCCGUCUUCUACCGAACUCGUUCCGACUCCGUCUUUGACUACGUAAAAAUUCGAUUCGGAGAAGACAUCUCAAAAAUAUGCCUGGUUUCUUCACUUCUUUCUUGGGGAUUCUUCGUCUCUGCUGCGAUUCUUUCGCCGUCUUACGCGAUCAAGGCGGUGUUGGAUGACGCGUUUGACUUGGAUCCGCAAUCGAAUAUGGUUUUGUUUUUGGUGAUUAUUUCUAUGACAGUCAUUUGUAUCAUUUAUACUUAUCUUGGAGGCAUGAAUGCUGUCAUCAUGGCUGAUGUCAUAAAUGGAUUUGCCCUGAUCGGCGCUACUUUGGUCAUCACCAUCAAGCUGGCUACAACCAUUGGCUUCUCGAAAAUCACCGAAGUUUGCGAAAGAACAAAAUGCAAUACAAUGUUCUCAGCCUGGCUUGAAUCGAAGGAACACUUCGAUUUGACAUACAGAAGCGCCCCGUUGAUCAUCGUUUUCCGACUUCUCAUCGAUGCUCUUAUCACACUGCCUCUUCAACAAGCGAUGGCACAGCGAUUCAAUAUGUGCAAGAACAUGAAAGAUGGGAGAAUUGCGAUGGCGAUCGGCGGAUUCUGCAUCAGUCUUUUUCUAAUGAUGGCGGUUUUUAUCGGCGUCGCUACUUUGGCAUUUUAUGAUGGAAGAGAUGCGCUCUGCGAGAUUCCAAUUCGACCGGACCAGAUUGUCCCAACGCUAAUUAUUGAUAUGUUCAGGAAUACUCACGGCUUUCAGGGAUUAUUCCUCGUUGCUAUCUUUAGCGCAACUUUGAGCUCAUUCUCUUCAUUUUUAUCUGGUGCCUCUUUGGUCAUGCUCCCUUCAGUCAAGUCCAUCUUUGGAACAAAAUACACCGACGUCACUUAUUGCCGAAUCAUCAUGCUCUUCACCGGCAUCCUUACCUGUCUCUUAUCAAUCAGCAUGUCCUUCAACCCCGGCACGCUUCUUGGUAUUUUGUUCAUGACAACGACAAACUUGGGAGCCCCUUAUUUCGGAACCGUCUUGACUGGGAUGUUUGCUCCCUUUGUGAACAGAAAAGGAAUAAUCGCUGGAUGCUUUGCCCCGCUAUUUCCACUGUCUAUUGUGAUCCUGAGGAAAAUCUUUCCAACAACAACGACUUACGAAUCGAACAUGUUUACCAACCGAUCCUUCAAUUCAUCAAUUGACGCUUCGAAUCUCGCCCUCUACUGCCAAAAUGAAACUUUUAUUGAUAACAUUGAGCCUUCUCCUUAUUGGCAGCAAGCUUUGCUCGAGCCAUCAACUUAUGCUUUUGGAAUUUAUGCGCUUUUGGGCUUUCUGAUCAUUUCCACUUCAGUGAGUUAUUUUACGAAAAAAGAAGAUGCACCGAAAUACCUGACUGUUUACUUCAAAGAUGGAAUUGACCAACUUCCGGAGGAAUUUAAACACAAAACUGUUGAAAAUAUCAAAAGCGAGUCGAUGACUCUUCUAGAAUAA